CAGUCGCUCAAGCCGCCGGCGUGCCCUUGCCCUCCCCGCGUGUGUGGUGGGCCUCCCCUAGGUCGACUCAGCCUCGACACGAGUACCUGCCGGGGAGACAAAGGCGGUCGGGCGUGGUGCUGCUGGGUCACCCACAUCUACACAUCUUCGUGGUGCGCCGCGACGCCGUCAUGCUGACAUCGGCGCUCGCCCGCGCCAGCCGGGCGCUACCGCCGGGCGCCGUCGCCGCCUCUCCCGCCGGCGCCGGGGCCUUCGUUCACCGCCGGGCCUUCCGUCCGUCGGCCACCACCUGCUCCUCCACCUCAUCCGCCUCUGGGUGUCUGUCCCCCGUGUCGUCGCGCGCCGCCGCGUUUGGAGAGCGCCUGGCCAUCUCGGACCGGCACGGCACGGCGACGUAUGGGGCCCUGCUGCGGGCAGCGGGGCGCGUCGCGCGGCGCAUCCAGCGGGCACUCGGGGGAGAUGACGGCGGGAAUCCGGCGUCGCAGGCGGUGGCGUUCCUGUGCCCCAACGACGCGCGCUACGUGGCGGCCCAGUGGGCCACGUGGCUACGCGGCUCGGUGGCCGUGCCGCUCUACCACCGUCACCCGCGGCGCGAGCUCCACUACGUGGCGGGCGACUGCGGCGCCCGCGUCGUCCUCUCGACGGAGGAGUUCGCCGAGGCGGCCGCGGGUGUCGCCCGCGAGAUUGGCGUGCCGCACGUCACGGUGAUGCCGACGACGACGACGGGGCGGGGGGGGGGUGGGGCGGCCGCCGGCGGCGACUGGCGAGACCACCCGGCGAUGAUCGUCUACACCAGCGGCACGACCGGGAGGCCCAAGGGAGUCCUGAGCACGCACGGCAAUCUCCACGCGCAGGUCUCCUGCCUGCUGGAGGCUUGGGAGUGGAGCUGCGAUGACAUCAUCCUCCACACGCUGCCCCUGCACCACACACACGGCAUCAUCAACAAGCUUCUGUGCCCGCUCGCCGUGGGGGCCUCGUGUGUCAUGCUCCCCGAGUUCGAUGCCCGGCAGGUGUGGGAGCACCUGCUGAGCGGCGAUGCGUCGCCGCGGGUGAACGUGUUCAUGGCGGUGCCCACGGUGUACGCGCGGCUCAUCGACUACUACGACGAGCACUACACGCGGCCUCGCGUCCGCGACUUCGUGCGCGGCAUGUGCAAGGAGCACAUCCGCCUCAUGGUGUCGGGCUCUGCGGCGCUGCCAACGCCGGUGCUGGAACGCUGGGAGGAGAUCACGGGCCACCGCCUCCUGGAGCGCUACGGCAUGACCGAGCUGGGCAUGGUGCUCUCAAACCCACUGCGCGGGGAUAGGAUUCCCGGCACGGUGGGGUCACCGCUGCCGGGCGUGGAAGUGAGGAUCGUCAUGGAGGCGGUGAGUGGGGGGGGCGAGUCGUGCAAGGCGAUCGUCCAGGCAGACAGCAAGUCCACGAGGGUGACGCCGGGCUUCGAGGGCAAGGAGGGCGAGCUGCAGGUGUCAGGACCCUCCGUCUUCAAGGAGUACUGGCGGCGGCCUCUUGAGACCAAGGAGGCGUUCACGUCGGACGGCUGGUUCAAGACGGGCGACACGGCCGUGUACCGUGACGGCGCGUUCCGCCUGCUGGGGCGCACGUCAGCUGACAUCAUCAAGAGCGGCGGGUACAAGAUCAGCGCGCUGGAGGUGGAGUGGAAUCUCCUGUCUCACCCCGACAUCACCGACGUGGCGGUGAUCGGGUCCCCCGACUCGCUGUGGGGCCAGCGAGUGACGGCGCUGGUGGUGCUGCGGCGGGGAGCGACGCUCACCCUCAAGCAGAUCAAGGAGUGGGCAAGGGAGAGGAUGGUGGCCUACACGAUCCCGUCGGAGAUGAUCCUCAUGGAUGAGCUGCCCAGGAACGCCAUGGGCAAGGUGAACAAGAAGGACCUGCUGAAGAAGUUCUUCCCGUGACGGCGGAGGGGCGCUGUUGACGGCUCCAGGGAAAAACCUGGAAGAAGCGGAGAAAAAUCCACGCGACCACAGAGGGAGAGAGAGAGAGAGACACGCAAACUCCAAAUAUACAGCAGCAGCAGGCGUCAGGGUCGGGAUCGAACCCACGACCUCCUGUAUACCAGGCGAGGUAGUUAACAUCUCCUAGCCACCGUGAUGAAGAUGAGAGAGAGGCAGAAAGACACGCAAACUCCAAAUAUACAGCAGCAGGCGUCAGGGUCGGGAUCGAACCCACAACCUCCUGCGUAGCAGACGAGGUAGUUGACAUCUGCAAGCCAGCGGUCUUCUCUGUUGGUUGCCGGGCUGAAAAAUACCAUUUAUCCCCCUCCCCUAAGUUAGUGACAAGCACGGCGCAGGGUUUGCGUUCCCGUGAACACCCAAGCACUUACCGCGCAGAGACCGGGGCAUUCAAAUGAAGGCCCUUUGUGACGUCGUCGUUGGCGCGGCCAAUCGCAGUUUGUCCGACGAAUUGCCCUCUAAGGUCUUGAAUGUUGCACUAUAUAAAGUUUUUAUUUUUUACAAACUCCAGGACUCUCGACCACCACCACGCUCAGUGUGUCUCUCUCUCUCUGUCUCUGCCGCGUUUGCCAAGUUGCUCCUCCCCACACUCGAAUGCAAAUUAACUCGUUCCACGCUGCACGCGCGCGAUUAUUGUCAAACGCGUUUCCUCGUCGUGAAGCGGUCAGCGCUGCCUUCGUCACGUGGAACGCGUGCACACACACACGUGCACACACACACACGUGCACACACACACACAGAACACGUGACACACACGGAAUGUGUGCACACACACAGAACACGUGCACACACGCACAAGGAACACGCGCACACACACGGAACACGUGACACACACACGGAACACGUGACACACACGGGACACGUGACUGACACACGGAACACGUGACACACACACGGGACGCGCACACACAAGGUACACGUGCACACACACACCGAUAUCUCAAUCUUAAUAUGAAUCGGCUGUACGAACGUAAUUGCUCGGCGCGUCACGUGGGGCGUGUUUAACAAUCAUCGAGCGCGUGCGGCGUGGAACCUGUGCACGUGAAUGGGGAGGAGGAGAUUGGCACAUUAGGGGGCACAGGUGGUGCAUCAGCCAGUCGUCUCAGUCAUCUCAGUCAGUCGACCCGUGGCACCUGCUGGGUCUGCCCCGUGACCUCCUGCCAGCGGGCGUUCGACACUUCACGUGGUAGCCUCAAGGUGCACGUGGCCUGGCACAAGCGUCGUGGUGACGUCAACGCCACUUAGUGGUGAACGAGGACAGACGGAGCGUGGUGGUGGUGGUGGUGGGAUUCGCGAAUUGUGAAGUUGGGAAACCCCCCCCACUCUGCACUUGCUUGUGCCAGCUGCCAAAACUGGCACCGUGCCUGGCACAGGUGUUCGUGAUGAUGAUGAUGACGGUGCCUCCAACUGUUAGCGUUGAGUGGUUUCUGCUGUUGCAUAUUUAUUGGUGGGCGUGUGUGUGUGUGGUGGUGUGUGUGUCGUGGGGUCAUUGUGGUGGUCAGCGGCACUGCGCUACGAAACUCGAGUUCGAUUAAUUCUAGAUUUGAAGUUUUCGUGACUGCGAGGACCCAUGCUCUUUCGCUAAAGUCACGCAGAUGAAAAAUAAAAUAAUAAAAAUAACUAAAUUAAAUCACUUAAUUUAGUUAAUUUCAUUUUAUUAUUUACAUUUUUAUUUUUCAUCUACGUGACUUUACCGAACGAACCAAAGAGUACCGAGUUCGAUUUCAGCACACGACCAAUUGCAGCACUUGCCCCGACAGUCUGUCAAAGGCUAUACCGGGUGUGGGGGAUAUUUGUCUUUGGAAGGUUGUAGCGCAGUGGUUAGCGUGCCGCACUACGAAUCCUGUUCGAUUCCCUCGGCCAUAGCUCACCCAACAUCGGUGGCGAUUUAUCUGAACUUGGACGUCCCCUAGGUCAACUCGGCCUUAAAUGGAACGCGCCUCGAUACGCUGGUGUGGGACUGCACUGGUGCAGGCAUUAGGAUGUAGGCCACACCACGGAAUCGCCCGACGUUCCGGCCUCGAUGCGAGGCCUUUCGCAGCACUCGCCCCCGAUAGAUGGAGGGGGGGGGGGGUUACUUAGAUCGUUUGAUAAAAACGAGAGUAGUUUUUAAACCUGUACAGUAGUGUAGUGUAUAGUAGUGUAUAGUGUAUUGUAUACUAUGAGAUCUCUUUUACCAGUGGCAACAUAUAGUAGUAGGUUUUUACCCUUUUCAACUGGUACAAAACUGACACCUUUAUUCAAGGCAU